AUGGCGCUUAAUGAGCGCGAUACGUCCCAGCUGCGCGCCGCUCUGCAGGAGGCUGUCGUCAAGUGCUCAGAACGAUGUUUAUACCAGUCUGCAAAAUGGGCCGCGGAGCUAUUGACCUCAAUACCGACACCAGAUACCUCCUCCGAGCCCGAAGACUCGCAGAUGACCGAGGUACCCUCAGAAGGUCUGCCACCGAUUGUCGUAACAGGGAAUCUGGACCCGGAGGAAGCCCUGCUCGAGGCGCGAGAGAUAAACCAAUAUCUGCUGGCGAAAUCGUUCUUCGACUGUCGGGAAUUUGAUCGAUGUGCGGCCGUGUUCCUGCCCGAUACUAUCCUCGCUGGAAUUCUAUCAACGGCUUCGGCGAAGAACCCCAGUGGACCCACACCGGCAGGCAAAGGCAAGGGGAAAGCUCCCUCAAAUCGACCCAGUGCGGUGAUGCCGAUGCCAAAGCUCAGUCAGAAGAGUCUCUUCCUCGCUCUGUAUGCCAAAUACAUGUCGGGGGAAAAGAGGAAGGACGAGGAUAGUGAGAUGGUUAUGGGUCCACAUGAUGGCGGAAAUGCAGUGAACAAACAACUGGUGGUAAUAAGUCGAUACCUGCAACAAUGGUUCCAAGAGCGAGGAAUCGAUCAGCAAGGAAGAGUGUUAGGAAGCCAGGGCUGGCUCGAGUACCUGCUCGGCAUGGUGCUCGCAAAGGACAAGAAUGAGAAUGAAGCUAUGCAGUGGCUGGUACAGAGUGUACAUCUAUAUCCGAUGAAUUGGGGCUGUUGGUUGGAAAUGACCUCCCUUGUUGGACGAGUCGAAGACUUGAAUCGGAUAUCUCCGCACCUUCCACAGAAUAUCACAUCCUUCAUUUUCCACCUACACACCUCUCUUGAACUCUACCAGUCAACCCCGACGCUGUCAAACUCCCUCGACCAACUACUCUCGAUAUUCCCAACAAGCCCGUUCCUCCUUACCUGCUUAGCACUGCUCGCCUAUCAUACCAAAGAUUUUGUCGGGGCCGAUGCCCACUUCAGUAAUUUACUCGCACUUCAUCCUCAUCGACUCGACUCACUGGAUCACUACUCGAAUAUUCUAUACGUGAUGAACUUGCGACCCAAACUGUCUUUCUUAGCACAUCUCUGCUCAACGGUCGACAAAUUCCGGCCCGAAUCUUGUGUUGUCAUAGGAAACUACUACUCACUUCUCUCCUCUCACGAGAAGGCCGUCCAAUACUUCCGCAGGGCCCUCACACUAGAUCGGUCCUGCUUGAGCGCAUGGACACUCAUGGGUCAUGAGUAUGUCGAACUAAAAAAUACACACGCUGCCAUCGAGUCUUACCGUCGAGCAGUCGACGUCAACAGGCGCGACUACCGAGCCUGGUACGGUCUUGGCCAAACCUACGAAGUCCUCGAGAUGCACGCGUACGCCCUAUGGUACUACAAACGCGCUGCUGGUCUGCGGCCCUGGGACGGUAAGAUGUGGAUGGCUGUCGGAUCCUGCCUCAAAAAGAUGGAACGCCACCUUGAAGGCAUCAAAGCGUACAAGAGGGCGCUACUGGCGGAUAGUUAUUAUGAUGCCGGUGUGGGCUCGUCUUUUGGAAGUGGAGUGAGGGAAAAGGGGGCGACUAUGGACCCGGAAAUCCUGCUGGAAAUUGCGGCUAUGUAUGAGAAGUUGGAGAAUGUGGAGGAGGCCAGGGGGUACAUGGAGAUGUGUGUUGCGCAGGAGGAGGGUGCGGUGGCGGACAUGGAGUCCGGCAUCAACAUACACGCGGAUUCGCAGUCAUCGGAUGAUGACUCGAGGCCUGGUGCAGGCAGCGGCGGUGGCGGAGAGCACGGCACUGGCGUUACGGCUGCGACGUCCAAGGCGCGGAUGUGGCUUGCCAAAUACGCGGUGACCAUAGGGGAUUUGGACCGGGCGAUGCAGCUUGCGAACGAGCUCUGCCAGGACGGGGUUGAGGUCGAGGAGGCCAAGGCGUUGGUUAGGGAUGUUCGGGGGAGGUUGGAGGCUCGUGAGCAUGAGUGA